AUGAUACAACGUCUUCGUUUCUAUCAGAUACCAUGGUCUCAUUACUGUGACAAAGUUCGUUGGGCGUUGGAUUUGAAAGAAAUUCCUUAUAAACUGAUCAAUUAUGAUCCGUUCGGAAAAACGAAAGGUUUAGAACGAGCACCCAAAACAAUGCCUAAGCUAAUGCCGAUGCUUGAAGAUCCAAAUAAUAAAGAUGAUAAUCAAUUUCAAUAUGAUUCAACACCAAUUUUAGUCUAUUUAGACACUCAAUAUCCUCGAUCGUCUGUUUCUCUUUUCCCAUCAUCAAGUGAACAACGUGAACAAAUGAUUGAUACAUGUUUACGUCUUGAUUCGUCAUUAGGUCUUUAUGUACGUCGUAUUGCUUAUGUUCAAAUACUCAAAGAAAGUCCACAUAUAUUGUCACUUGUACUUCGUGAAAAGUAUUCAUGGGCAAAUAAUCCAGAUGAUAUUCACUCACAUUUAAUUAAACAAGUAAGAGAAAAAACAGAAGAAAUUCUUUUGGAGAUUGGAAAUCAUUUACGUACGAAUGAUUAUCUUGUUGGUAAUCAAUUUUCGGCAUCUGAUUUAACAUUUUGUUCACUUGUAAAAUUAUUAAUCCGAGUACCCUGUUUCUAUGAUGAUCGUCGCUUUCAAAUUAUUUUUGAUUAUCAUGAACGAAUUCGACGAAACUACGAUCCAAAAUAUCUGAAUAUUGAUAAUGAUCUCGAGAAAAAUAUAGAUAAACAUCGAAUACAAAUUAAAAAAAAUGAAAAAAAUUUAACUACUCGUCUUAAAACAUUUAUUCAUCAAAUCAAUAUUGUACAACGAAUUUUUAUUAUGAUUAUGACCAUGAUUGUUAAAAAUACUUAUGAACCAAAAACGGAUGAUGAUAUACCUCAAUUCAAAACAUCAUCAUCACAGGACAAACAAGAAAAACAAGCGAUCAACGAUCCAUGA